CUAUGAUAGAAGAAAUGAUAUAAGGACAUCCUCAGAUGAGACUUAAAUCAGCCAGUGUGCUUCAUUGAACUCCUGAAAUGCUUUUGGCACUAGGAGUGAGAACAGAUACAAAGAUCGAGUCCUCCAUACCAGGGCCCAGGCCAAAACCAGAUUGCCACUGCCCCAGUUUGGGCCCUACUGUCCUCAGAAAGCAGCUGCUGUGAUCAUGGGUAAUAUCUUUGGAAACCUUCUCAAGAGCCUGAUUGGGAAGAAGGAGAUGCGCAUCCUGAUGGUAGGCCUGGAUGCGGCAGGAAAGACCACCAUCCUGUAUAAGCUGAAACUGGGGGAGAUCGUCACCACCAUCCCCACCAUUGGGUUCAAUGUGGAGACAGUGGAGUACAAGAACAUCAGCUUCACAGUUUGGGAUGUGGGUGGCCAGGACAAGAUUCGGCCUCUGUGGAGACAUUAUUUCCAGAACACCCAAGGGUUGAUAUUUGUGGUCGACAGCAAUGAUCGGGAGCGAGUAAAUGAGGCCCGGGAGGAACUGAUGAGGAUGCUGGCAGAGGAUGAGCUUCGGGAUGCUGUUCUCCUUGUCUUUGCAAACAAACAGGAUUUACCUAAUGCUAUGAAUGCUGCUGAGAUCACAGACAAGUUGGGCCUGCAUUCCCUGCGUCAUCGCAACUGGUACAUUCAGGCCACCUGUGCCACCAGCGGGGACGGGCUGUACGAAGGCCUGGACUGGCUGGCCAAUCAGCUCAAAAACAAGAAGUGAGAGCCAGGCAGCCCUAUCCGACCACCCCCACCACCCCUAACACACCUACUGUCUCCCUGCCCAGCCCUACCCCUUCCUUCCCAUUGCCAGUGUGGCCAGGGCCCUGGGUAUUAAGGUCCGCAUGCCCAAUAAGAGCCUUGUCUCUCCUACCUCCCCUUCUUUCCCCUGUCCUUGACCAGUCCCCAAUUGCUGUCCUGAUGAUGAAUCAUUCCAAUUUAUCAGAUUUAAAACAAAAACAAGGUUGUUAUGGUUUCAUGGGGUGCCUCCCCCAUCCUCUGAGGUUCGGGAAAUGGGGUGGGGUAGUCUCUCUGUUUGCUUCAUUUGGCUCUGGUUGCUGUGUUCUUGGCAUCAGUCCCUUCCCUCUCCCUACAAGCCCCUCUCCUACUAUUUUUUCCCCUUCAUCACCCUCUCCCUGUUCUACGUGGAAAUUGCACGGGCCUCUCUUUGUGUGCGUGCAUGUGUGCGCGUGUAUAUACAUGUAUAGAGAAAUAUAUAAGUAGGGGCCGGGGAGAAGGGUGGAGGGGGUGGAGUGGGUGGAGUGCAGCUCAGGGCUUGGAGCCAGGACACUGCCCACUCUAGCCUAUCACGUGCGCCUCCCAAGUUGGUGAGAUCAAGGGAAUAAAGUGGAGGGAAGGCUGACACAGUCUUACACUGGUUCCUCUCUUCUCUGCAGGUAGGUUUUCCAGGAUGAUAGGACAGAUGAUGGAUUUUCCGCCACCAUCUUCCUUGUUACCACUCUCUUCACCCUGCUUAGGGCACAGGGUGGCAUUUAUCUCUAAAUGACUGUUUCCAAGGAGAUGCCAUUUUGCCCUGUCUUGUUAGUGGGAAGGAGAGAGGAACCCACUCACUCUCAUCAGCCCAGAGUGUUCAGUUGAUCCCUGCGUCCCCCCCCUUAGAUCUAUUCCUUAGGAGCUUGAAGGGGAGGUGGACACACAAGAACAUGUAUGUUUGGGACCCAGGGAAGUGUCUCGGGUUUUCCAUCUUCAUCCUCUUGGUUUUAGGAGAAAGUUAUGCAUGGAUCGGUCCUAUCCCAGCCUUCUCCUUCUCGAUCCCCCUUGCCCCCCAAUCUUCUAAUCUUAGGCACUGGGUGGCUCAUCUGUCCUUUGUCCCAGGCUGGCUAGGUGGCUGAUUGGGGAGUGAGGGAGUGAAGGUGGCACAGCAGACCUCAAUUAUCAGUCCCCCUUUUCUCCAGUUCUCUUUCUAGUCCAGGAUGUGCUGAAGGAUGGAAAGUUUCUGUUCUGUUUCCAGACCCUCAGACCAUCCUGCUGUCCCUCCCACCUCUAUCCCAACAGCUCUCCUUGCCCUCUUCACUCACUCACGUAAAAGGGUCUGUGAGAUGGAACGGAGGAACUAGAACUCUGAAGUGGUUGAUGGUGCUGCUGUAAUGCAGUGGUCUUCAGGGUCCUCCCCCUAUUACUAUGUAGUUCAGAAGCUGCUGCUACUGAGUCUCUCUGUCUACAGGGGGUGCUCAUCCCUGAGGUCCUGACUUCUGCGGUGUCUGUGAAGCUGUGGCUUUUCUGUGGGCUCCUGUGUGUGCUGGCUGCGCCCUGAGCUCCAAGACAGCCGCCCAUACCUUUCUGCUAAGCUCAGGGCCCAGGAACCCCUACGGCAUGACUGAGGGACCCCUUCCCAGAAGGACUGCCCCAAGCCCCACCCCAUGGAGCCAGGCUUCUUGCCACUUUUGUCUACAACAGGCAGAUUAAUAGCCCUUACCCUACCCCAGAUUGGAACUGUGAAAGAGGUUCCAGAGUUGUCUCCCUCAGUGCCAGUUCCUUAGUGAUGUUUUACUUACCCAAGACACAGUGGGUGUGUGCAGGUCUCUUGCUCUCUAGGCCUUUGUGUGUAUGUAUGUGUGUAUAUUUGGUGGUGGGGGAAAGUGGGUGCUGGAGUUUCUAUUUCAUUUUAACUGUCUUCACUCCCCUAACCCCACAGAUGCUUCCCACACUAUUUUUUUUUUUUUUUGCCUCUCUCUCUUUCUUCCUCAAUUUUUUUUGCUCCUGCUGCCUCUCUCCCUGAACUCUUCCCUUUGCCUUCUAACUCAUUCAGUGCUGUUGCCUGUUUGUCUCCCCUUUCCUUGUUUCUUUCCUACUUAGGCUUCCCCACUCUAUAUCUUUGUGGUUGGUGAGAACUUUACCACUUUUCCCAACUCACUCCCUCUCUGGCCUUCCCUAGUUAGAUACCUGUCCCAAAUAGGGUUUCCUCAUUUCAGGCCUAUCCCACCUCGUUUUGGGGGGCUCUAGGGACCAGUGGGGCUAAGGGUGUUAGGAAGCAGCCUUGGUGGUUGCCUUGGUGUUGCUUGAGAUCUGUCCAGCAGGGGGCAGUAAGUGAUCUUGAUAGUAUCCCUGUUUGCUAGGCCCUUGCCAGGGGUGGACCUUUCUACAUUCCCAUUCACCUAAAAAUUCUUUUGAGAUUGGGUGUUUCAUUCCAUUUCUGCCCACUCCCUCCCCGCCUCUCCUCUGGUAGGUUUAAUUUUAUGCUUUCCUUGUUCCAGCCUUUCUUUUCCCUGGGGAGUCCCCCAUUUCACCCCCAAAGUUUGUUUGUGGUAUUAUAGUGGUAACUGCAGUUCUGAACUGGUUUUCUCUUCUUUUUUCCUCCUCUGGAAUGUAGACUAUAUAUGUUUAAUAACUCACCUUCUCUCUCCUUGCUCAAAAUGUGGGGUACGCGAUGACUGUGACCAUGGUUGGAAAUUAAACUUAUGUUUUAUGCAGCUUUGAGCAGACCUUCAUCCUUGACGUGCAGCAGCCCUGGGACAG